AUGAUGCUCGGUGAUAUGGGUGCUGAUGUAGUGAAGGUGGAAAACCCCAAGGGAGGCGAUGAUACACGUACGUGGGGACCUCCCUUUGCCGAGAACAAAGAUCCUUCCGACACUGCGGCAGGAGAAUCUGCGUAUUUUUUGUGUGCGAAUCGUAACAAGAAAUCAAUCACGGUCAAUAUGAAAUCAGAUGGAGGACGUCAACUUAUUUAUGAUCUUGUCAAGGAAUGUGAUGUCUUGGUAGAAAAUUAUUUACCAGGUAAAUUGGAAAAGUUGGGUUUGGGCUAUGAACAAAUCAAAAAGAUCAAUCCAAAAAUGAUUUAUGCUUCUAUUACUGGGUAUGGUCAUACCGGGCCAUAUGCAAAUAGACCAGGUUAUGAUGUGAUUAUUGAGGCUGAGGCUGGGUUGAUGCAUAUCACUGGUGAGCCCGAGGGAACUCCUGUCAAAGUAGGUGUAGCUAUCACUGAUCUUACAACUGGUCUUUAUGCUCAUAGCUCUAUUUUGGCUGCUUUGAUUCAAAGAGGAGUGACAGGCAAAGGACAGCAUAUCGACUGCUCAUUGAUUGAGUCACAGGUAGCUUCUUUGGUCAAUAUUGCUUCUAACUAUCUGAUUGGAGGUCAAGAAGCUAAGCGUAUGGGCACAUCUCAUCCUUCUAUCGUACCUUAUCAAGUCUUGCCCACCAAGAAUUCGUUUGUCAUGAUUGGAGCUGGUAACGAUGGUCAAUUCGCCAAAUUAUGUACUCGUAUCGGUCUGGAUCAUUUAAUUACGGAUCCUAAAUACCAAACCAAUGCAGACCGAGUUAAACAUCGCAAAGAAUUGAUCCGUUUACUGGAAGAUCGAUUGGAAGAAGAGGAUACAUCCUUCUGGCUUGAAAAGUUGAAUGGAGCUGGAUUUCCCUUUGCACCCAUCAAUAAUAUCGAGCAAACGUUUGAACAUCCUCAAAUCGUUGCGAGAGGGCUUGUUCAUGAGAUUGAACAUGAACGUGCAGGAAAAAUCAAGGUUGUGGGACCUCCUGUCAAAUUUAGCGAUGCUACCACAAGUAUUCGUUUACCUCCUCCUCUUUUGGGUGCUCAUACCGAUGAAAUUCUGUCAGACAUGUUGGGUUAUUCUAAAUCCAAGGUGGAUGCACUUCGACAAAAGGGUGCUAUCGGUGCAUAA